AUGAGGCUCACGUGCUUCCUCGCUCUCACGUGUGCCGUUCUUGAACGCAGUCAUGCUAUCGCGGAGUCCGAAGUCGCGCUGACGUCGGAUAUCGCCCCUGUUUCCCGUAUUCUCCAGCCAAACGCUCAGUCCGCGGAAUACUCGAGUGAAAGGAAGUCGCUUCGAAGCCGUGAUUCGCCAGAGGAGGAAGCAACGGCACUACUAGCCACGGACGAGCAGCGAGAGCUGACCUCGGCUAGUCUUCUGGCACCACUUCUUGAUAAUGUGGAGAAUGUGGUGAAGAAGAUCUCGAGUACGCCAAGCCAGGUUAUGCCUGUUCAACUCAAGCCUGUUCAGCCUAAGUUUGAUCAGCUCAAGCCUGUUCAGCUCAAGCUCAAUCAGCUCAAGCCUCCACAGCCUGUGCCCGGUCAGUUUGAGCUUCACGUGCCGCCACAUCAGAUACGGAAAAGGACGUCGACAAUGCAACGAACCAAGAGAGUGGUAGAUCUAGUUGCAUAUGGUCAAGGGAAGGCCAGGCCUCGCGUGCUACUGGAAUCGAGCGUUUCAUCGCGCGAUUUACGCAGUAAGGGAGCCAGAUUGGUGGACGUGGACGGUAGCAAACGGAUCCGAGCGAGGCUGUCUCUUCAUGUGACGCUGCGUGCAGCUUGGGCGUUGGGAAAGUGUGGGCCGGCGAUCAGACAGAAAGACGAGUGCUUGGAUUCUUUGAAAGCAGGGAUGCCUAUAGUGGAGCAGGACGAUGUACGACUGGACAAGAACAUGCAGCCGGCUGAUACUGCUGCGGACGAAGCACAUGGAUUGAAUGUGGUGGCGUCGCUGGCACUUUUGAUGUUGCUGGAGCGUCUAAAGCGGACGCACAUUGGAAAACACAGUCCAGUACAGUCUAUCGGCGAUAAAUUUGCCACGGAGGAGCAACAGUUUGAGCUUGUGGGGAAUGCACACUCGUACGCGGUCAUUGAUCUCCCGUUGGCAAAGUGA